UGGGACAACUGCCCAGCAGACUGCUUCAAACACAGGAUUCCCCCAGUGCUCUGCUGGUUUUAUUUACAGAGAAUUCCCACAUCACAACAUGGAGCAGAAGGUCCUGGCCAAGGCCUUGUAUGACAACACGGCAGAGUGCAGUGACGAGUUGGGCUUCAGAAGAGGAGACAUUCUUACAGUGUUACAACAGGAAGUGGACAGCAGCUGCGGUUGGUGGAUUUGCUCAUUGUAUGGACGACAUGGUUUGGCUCCAGCGAAUCGCCUGCAACUCUUACCGCGAGACCCACUUCCGACUCAGACCCAGGAUAAAGACACUGGUUCCAGUGCUGGUGUAGUUGACCCAGCUAGCAGUCAUAACAGUGACUCUGAUGGACCAGGAAACAUCUACCAGAUCCCCAGUGUUCCUCGACACACUCUGUCCUCCAGCCCCACCUAUGAGCACAUGGCUCCAGUCUACAAGGUUCCAUCUAGGGAUCGUAUCUACAAGGUCCCGUCCAAAGCCUGCCACAGCCCAGCCCGUUCCCCCUGUUACUCAUACCCACUUAAACACUCCCCAGAUGGGGCCGAGACAUCUUUAAGCUGUGUAAUCUCUGGCAGUUCAGAGGGAGGAAAGGUCUACGAUGUGCCCAGGCAUGGAAGGACUUCUCUCUUCCCUCCAUCGAAUAGGAGGCACUGCAGCCCCAGCCAGGAUUAUGUUUAUCCUGUCCCUGCUGCGGUCACCCCAGAUCCAAACUAUGACAUCCCUGUCCCCUCUGUCCUAUCCUCCUCCAUACCCCUGCCUGUUCCCUUCACGCCCCCAGCCAAAAGCAGCAACACCUUAGGCCUCCCCCAGACACAGCCUAGUGCAUACAAGACCCUCCCCAACCCCCACAAAUCAGACUGGAUCUAUGAUGUGCCCAACUCCCCUGAGAGGCCUGGUGGCCAACCUGGGUAUUACACCACCUUGCCCUCUGCUGGCCAAACUAGUAAGUACACCACCCUGCCACCUGGUGGCCAACCUGGAUAUUACACCAGUGUGCCUUCCAAAGCCUUGAGCUCCGUCAGGCAGUUUGAUGACACUCUGCCCACAAGGGGGUGUUCUGGUCCAAGCAACGGUUCCACCCCAUCCGUUUACGACAUCCCCAAGCCCAGCGUGUCUCCCCUGGAACAGUUCUCUGUCUCUGUCCCUCACCGAGGCCACCAUAUCCCGCUGGAGUGUCGGGGAGACUCUGGGCCAACCUACGACCACCCCAAUCCACGGGGCUGCCUCCAGAGGGGCCGUCUGGGAAUGGCUGCAGGGGCUCUGGGGGCCCGUCCUGGGAUCAGUGAUGCUCUGCUACAGGAGGAAGAGGAUGAUGAAGAGAGAGGAAGAAGAACAACAUAUCUGUCAGGAGCCAAUGACAAACAAAGGAUCAGUACAGCCUCCACCUCCUCCUCUUCCUCCUCCUCCUCCUGUGACUCCCUGGCACUGUGUUCCUCCUCCCCAGAGAUGCAGAGGGAGGUGUGUCUUAGCCAGGAGGAGGCGUGCAAAACGCUGUUAUUUCUGCAGCAAGAGGUAUGCAGACAGGUUCCACGCCUCAUGGAUUUUGUGUCGUCACGAUGGAGGAGCAGCGAGCACCUGGAAAAACAUCUCCCUGAAAUUCGCUCUGCAGCAGAGGGUGUGGCCUCCUCUGUCACUUCGUUUUUGACCUUUGCCCUGGAUGUGAAAGGUAACACCCAACGCCUGACUGACUCCAACCUGCAGGUGUCUCUCCGGCGUCAGUUGUCUGUGGUUGAGGACUCUGGCCUGAUCCUACAGCAGGCCGUCAGGUCCCUGGGUACAUCCGGCUGGUCCCUCCCCCUUCUGGUGCAGGACCCUGCCCAAAACCACACCCCCGACCAGCUGGACCGCCUCAUAAUGGUAACCAGGACCGUUCCAGAGGACAUUAAGAGGCUGGUGUCUAUCGUCAACGCCAACGCAAAGCUGCUGUUCCGACCCACUGAGCAGAAGGAGACAGAUAGACCUGAUGUAAUCAACAACAGCAGUAUCACUACCAGCAACACCGGUACCAGAAACAUGAGUACCAGCAACACUGGUACCAGCAACAUCAGUACCAGCAACAUCAGUACCAGCAACAUGACUACCAGCAACACCGGUACCAGAAACAUGAGUACCAGCAACAUCAGAACCAGCAACACUGGUACCAGCAAAAUGAGUACCAGCAACAUCAGUACCAGCAACAUCAGAACCAGAAACGCUGGUAUCAGCAACAUCAGUACCCGAAAAAUCAAUAUCAGCAACAACAGUACAUCUAUUGCUGGUUCAGAAAACAAGAUACUGGUAAAGAGCAACCAGGAGCAGAAUGACUCUGGAACAGAUGAUAAUGAUUACGUCCAGCUACAGACUAAGAAGGAGUUUGAAAAGCAACAGAUUAAAGGAUUACGCAAAGAAACACAACCGAAAAUCCCUUCAAUUAAGCCAAAGGAGGACCAUAAGGGUAGUAUUUCAGAGCCCUGUGUGGUCAGUUUGGAUAGCCCUAGGAGGUCUUCAGAGCCCCUGUCCCAAAAGAAGCUCAACUCGUCUGAGCAUGUUGAGGUCCCCAGGAAGAUCUCUGAGCCACUGGUCUCAGCUGGGAAAACUCUGCGGUCUGACUCCCGCGUCCCUGAUGCUUCUCAGAAGCCCCAGGUGGGUAGUGAGAGUCCUAAAAUACCCUGUGUAGCUCAGGUAGACCGCCCCAAGAGACAGCCCCCCCUGUCAGAACACUGUCGUCUGUACUUCGGGGCGCUGCAGAAGGCCCUGGUUGUGUUUGUGACCAGCCUGCUGGAAGGCCAGCCCCCAGAGAAGUUCAUCUCCCACAGCAAGCUGGUGAUCAUGGUGGGCCAGCGCCUGGUUGACACGUUGUGCCAGGAGGCCCACAGACCUGCGAGGGAGACCAAGGGAGGGGAGCCUGGGCCAGGGUCAGGAUCAGAGUCUGGCCCCAGCCAGAACCAAGUUCUGCUGUGUAAAACCAACCACCUAUGUGCCCUGUUGAAGCAGCUGGCGGUAGCAACCAAGAAGGCAGCGCUGCACUAUCCGGAACAACAGGCCCUGCAGGAGGUCCAGGACUUUGCCAAGGAGCUGGCUCAGAGAGCUCAGCAGUUCAGGAUCUCUAUGGACCUCUGAGAGGUAAAUGACUUCUGCUGCUGGUUGUGUCCGGCUCUGCAACCAUCAGGUGCUCUAAAAGAGUCUUACCUCAGAGUGCUCUAAAAGAGAGACAGAGUCUCACAGUAGACCUAUGAAGGUUUGAAAAUGAUAGACAGACAGACCAUCACCAGCAUUAUUCUGUGACUGUCAGGCUCUCUAACAGACUAGGACUCUCCAAGACACUUGCCUGACGCAGUCCUGGCUGCACUCUAUCAGACCCCACACAACAGCUGUUUGAUCAAUUGAAUGCAUACAAACUCAUAAGUAUGUUGUACAUUAUUUUUACUGCCAGAGUGUGUUCAGAACAUUUGCAGACUAAUAAAAACAAAUUGCACAUUUAUUUUGAUGUUAUUAUGAGCUGUUAAGGCCCAAUCUAACAUGUAUUUACCAAAACAUAAUCUUGGUAUUCCAUGAAUAUAUGUUUGCUAUUACAGAUAUUACUUAUUGUAUUGUUGACUUGAUCGUGUAUUAAAAUAUGAUGUGUGUGUGUUUCUAUACCACCUGUUAUUGUCUGUUUCUCCUGUGUACAUAAUCCUAUUCAUUACUUCUUUGUCUUUAGGGCAUUCCUCAUCUGAAAACAUUGUUGAAAU